UCCAGUAUAUGUGGGAGUGAAGCAGCAGAAGGAGCAGCCUCCUCCUUCUCUUCUCUGCAUUGGAGCUGCUGGAUGAUUCUGACCACAUCGACACAAACAGGAGCUGAUUGGGCAGACGAGCCCAGAAAACAAACCCAUCCAGAGAUGAUCCACCUUUUCUCUGUGAGGAUCUGACCAACCAGCAGGCAUGAUGAUGCCAAAGCAGCCGGCUCAGACGUCUCCAGGGAGCGUCUUGUCGCUCAGGGGGACCAGCGUUCCUGGCUCUCCUGCUGCUGCCAUCGUGGCCAGGGUAGAGGACGGCGUCAUCGGCUACAAGGACCUGGCGGCACUGCCCAGGGACAAGGCCAUCUUGGACAUCGAGAGACCCGACCUGAUGAUCUACCAGCCGCACUACAGCUACAGCCCCCUGGAGAGGUCCUUGUCUCCUCGCUCCAUCUCUCCUCCUCCCUCCCCAGAGAACUUGUCCAAGGAGGCCCGGGACUGGCUGGAGAACCGGUCCCCAGGAGAUUCUUCACCUUGUUCCACCAUUCAGAGCAGCAGAACGCAAAGCUCUCACACACCGCCGACGCUAAACACACCCAGCACGCCCAACACACACCCCGUCGGCAACAGAACCACCAUGCAGCACUUCCACCGACCCGCGUCCAGCGCCUCCAGGUCGGUGUAUUUCCCGGCGUCCUCUAAGAGCGGCCUCUCCAGGCUCCAGUCUGCAGAGUUCAGCUCCUCAGAGAAAAGUCCAACAGGACUUCAGAAUGGAGACUCCAGGAUGGACCGGGGGAACUCGCUCCCCAGCAUGCUGGAGCACAAGAUCUUCCCAUACGAGAUGCUGGUGGUGACUCACAGAGGACGGAGCAAGCUGCCCCCUGGAGUGGACCGGACCCGCCUGGAGAGACAUCUCUCCCAGGAGGAGUUCCUCAGCGUCUUUGGGAUGCCCAUCGAGGAAUUUGACCGCCUCUCCAUGUGGAAGAGGAAUGAGCUGAAGAAGAGAUUUUGUCUCUUCUGACCCCCCUGGGACUUCACGUCCCAGAAGCCCCUGCUCCUCC